ACCUAGUGAAUAAUUUUUUAUUGUAAGUGUCAAAACAAAAAUUUGAAAUAUUGUAAUCAAAACAAAGAUUUCAAAUAUUGAAUAAUUUUUGAAAAUGACUGAUUGGAUAUCGGAGAUUAAACAUGCAAAGAAAUCUUGUUUGGUUGACAAAAAUUUGAAGAAAAUCCAUUAUGAUUUUGAAAAUGGCAAAGAAAUGGUUGAAGAAUACAAUAUGGACACCGGCGUACUUACAAGAAGAGCUUGGAAAUGUAAGCAAAGUUUGAGAGGUAAAGACCAGUGGGAAGUUGAAAUUGGAGACCCCGAGCCAACUUAUGCCACAGAUGAACGACUAAUCUCUGAAAGUUCGAAUCAACCCAUCGUUUCUCGUCGAAAUACUAGACUGAAUUUGGAAUGGCGAAUAAGAAAUUUGCCCUACUCGAUGGACACUUAUUCUGUUACUGUUAACCCCGAAGAAAGGUGUCUGAUAGUUAGAACAACUAAUAAGAAGUAUUAUAAAAAGCUGGUGAUUCCAGAAUUGAAUCGACUGAACUUGGAGCUGGAACAGUCCAGUGUAUCUUUCUCCCAUAAGUUCAACACUUUAAUUAUCACGUACAAGAAACCAAAAGAGUUGGUUAAUUUUGAAAAGUAUGUUUUAGAAGAGGUUCAGUCGAUCCAACCUAAAAGUCAUGGUGACAUGGACUGUCGUCCAAGUUGAAAAACACUAGAAACUGUUGUUUCGAAAGCACCGAAAGCACUUGAUGUGGUCCAAGUAGGUUUUUUUUGACUCACACUGUUUUGAAGUUUUUCACUGAAGGUGUUGCAAAUAAUGCACGGAAAGAUUGGAAAAAUAAUUUAUUAAGUGUAGAUAUAAAAGGCUAUUAAAUAAUUCUAAUAG